CAGCAGAUUCCGUAAGGAUCAUCCCUUCCCUUCCUCUCUGAUUUCUACUCUGCUUCUUAGUUCAGACUGCGCCCGUUGUAUAUUCAUAGCCUCAUUCCAUCAACCGCAAAGAGACAUGGGCAUUUGGAAAAAGCUACUUUGUAUACAGGGUUGGAAGCAAACAACAUGAGCUGACUUUCCUGUCAAGGUUCAAGACAAAGUCUUCCUAUGCUGAACACAUUUAGAAGCCAUCUUAAAAUACAUGAAUUAUUAGUUCUGGUACUGUCAGAUGGGCAUUCAAAAAGAUGUCAGUCUGCAAGAAGCAGUCUGCUAUGAAUGUGCCCGAUAAAGAGAGAGGGGAAGUCAUUUCAGAUCCACCUCAACAUUCAAGAAAAAAUGGCUGGAGUUGGCCCCUGCACCUGCUGCAGCUUGUUGCCUGGUCCACUUUUCUCUUCUUUGCUGUUAUAGGACUUGGGAUCUUGGUCCCUCUUUUACCACAGCAUUGGUUGGCAGCUGGUUACAUUUGUACUGGAGUCAUGUUUACUUUCCACUGUGUUGUCCACUUUCUGGCUGUUACCAUUGAUCCUGCUGAUGACAAUGUGCAGGCCAAAGGUUCUCUUGGGCCUCUACCAGCAUUUGAUCGCAACAAGCACACUCAUGUAAUUGAAAACAUGCAUUGUUAUAUCUGUGAGGUGGAUGUGUAAGUAAAAGAUGACCCUUCAUGUUGUAA